AUGGCGACGCUGUUGGAGCCCGCGCACCCUUGCCUGCAGGAGCUGCUGGCGGGCCUGGAAAAGGGGGCAGUCAUGCCCGAAGAUUCCCACACUCCUCUGCCAGCUGGCACGGCCCAGGCCGCCGUCGAUACGACCACCGCGGCCAUCGCACCCGACGACACAAGUUUUGGCCCCGAUGACGUGGCCACCCUGGUCGCCAACGCCUUCUCCGACGGCCUCGAAUUUGCCGCCCUGCAAGAGCAGCUGCGGCAGGAGGGGGCGAUGGCGCGGCUCCUUGAGGCCGAGGCCGCCGCCGAGAAGCAGCGCGAGGGCCGCCUUGCGGCGGAGACGCUGCUGCGGCGCGGGCGGCGGACCAACGACGCGCUGGUCGUCGAAAUCGAGUCGCUGCAGGGGGAGCUGCUGCGGCGGUCCGAGGAGGACCACGCCGCCGCGCGCUCCGAGGCGAUCACAAUGUGCGAGCUGCGCAUGCGCGUGACGUACCUGACCGGCCAGCUUGAGCGGCAGUCAGGGAAGGGGGCGCCGCUGGCCCUGGCGCGCAGCCAGCUGGCGGCGGCCCAGAAGCUGGUGGGGGAGCUGCGCAGCCAGCUCGCCGCGGCCGCGGAUCGGCUGGCGGAGCGGGAGGCGGCGGCGGCGGCGGCGCGCGCCGGCCAGCAGCAGGCCGAGGCGGAGCGCCUGCAGCACGCGGCGCAGCUGGAGAGCGCGCGGCUGGGCGUGAAGAGGUUUGAGGAGAGGGUGGCCACUAUGGAGGGCGGCCUUGUUGUGGUGAGGGAGCGCGUGGCGCAGCUGCAGCAGGCAGAGGCGCUGGCGCGCAAGGGGCAGCGGGCGGCAGAGGAGGGCAGGCAGCAAGCGCAGGCCGCAGCCGAGGCGGCCUCGGUGCGAGCAUCCGGCCUGGCGGCGCAGCAGCAGGAGGCACAUGCGGCCCAGCUGCGACGCUUGGAGCAAGCGGCAGAGGCCGGGCGGAUGGCGGCACACGCGGCCGGUGCAGAGCUGGCUGAGCGGCUGAAGCAGCUUCAGCAGCAGCUGGACGCAGAGCGGGCAGAGAGGCGGGCAGGCGAAAGGGCGUCGGCCGCCUCGAUUGCAGCGGCUCAGGAGGACAUGCGGCUGCAGCAGCUGGAGACCGCCCGCCUGCGGCAGGAGCUGCGGGGCGAGAGGGUCAAGGGGCGGGCCGCGGCAGCCACAGCGAUCGCUGAGAAAGAGGCAGCUCAGCAGGAGAUUGCCCACCUGAAGGCACAGCUGGCGGCAGCGCUUGAGACAGCGCAGCGGCAGGGGAUAGAGCAGCUGGCUUCGGAACCGAGCGCUGCGGACUCGCCCCCGCAGCCCGCGACGCCCGCCUCCACGUCUGGGGCCGGGGCCGCGCGCCUGCUGAGGCACAGCAGCAGCGGCGCCAGCAGCGGCAGCAGCCGGGCCGGCAGCUUCAUCCUGCGGCGCCUACAGGCGGACGACGCGUCACCAGUGCGCACGCCCCAGCGCUUUGACAGCCUCGGCGCGCGUGACACCAGCGCCGGCGACGAUGCGCAACAGAGCGAGGCGCCUGUGGCGGGCCACAGCAGCGCUGCGAGCUACGGUGGCGCAUGGUUUCGGGCGGGGGAGGCGGCCGCCGCGGUUGUCGGGGCGGUUGCGGGGACGGUCGCGGGGACGGUGGUUGUCAGCCUUGGAGUGGCGAUCGGCCUUGUGCAGUGCUGCCGCAGGCAGGGGUGA